AUGUUCAGCGAGACCGAUAACAAAGAACACGCAAAACUCAAAAGGCCUGUAGUGAGACACUUCUCGGUCCCCAGCGUGCUUGCGAUGGAGCCCCAUAUGGACAAGACUAUAGAGGAGUUUUGCGAUCAUCUCGAGCGUCGAUUCGUGGACACCUCCAAGGCCUUCGAGUUUGGCGACUGGCUUGCUUACUGUGCGUGGGACUUUCUUGGCUACGUCACUUUUAGUAGAAAGUUUGGCUACAUGGACGAAGGCCGUGACUUCGACGGCACACUUGCAAUCGGCGACCAGGCGAUUGAUUACCUCGGUCUCUGUGGCCAGAUGCCGUGGCUGGACCACUGGUUGGACAAGAACCCGGUCUAUCCUCUCGGACCCCCGAACCUAUCCAACGUGACCAGGAUCGCAUUCGAGAACCUGACUGCGAGGCUCAAGGGAGAAGAUGAUGGCUUCAACCCCGAGAAGCCAGAUUUUCUGCAGUACUUCAUCGACUCCAAGGGGACACAUCCCGAGAUUGUCAAUGAGGGCACCAUUAUCGGCUACCUGCUUUUGAAUUGGGCUGAUACCACAGCCAUUACAAUGCGUGCACUAUUCUACUACUGUCUCAAGGACGCGCGUAUCUGGAAGCGAUUGGAAGCCGAAGUCAUCUCUGCUAUCCCAGCGGACAAGCCCGCGCCCUACGCCAUCGCCCGCGGGCUGCCAUACCUUGAAGCCGUUUGUCGGGAGACCCUGCGCUACCACCCACCCAUCGCGAUGACAAUGGAGCGAAUCGUGCCCGAGUCGGGUCUCACCCUUCCAAAUGGGUCCUUCGUAAGAGGGGGAACGCUCAUCGGCAUGAACCCUUACAUCAUGGGACGCAACAAAAAGGUCUAUGGCGAGGACGCCGACGAGUUCAGGCCAGAGCGGUGGCUUCAGCAGGAAGAUGAGGACGACGAGGCCUACAAGCUGCGAAUGCGGCAGUGGAAUGCGGCAGAUAUCGUCUUUGGCGGUGGCUCACGAAUCUGUCUAGGGCGGAACCUAAGUUUGAUGGAGGUCUAUAAAAUUAUUCCGUCUUUGAUUUCGAGGUUCGAGAUUGAGCUUGUGGAUCCGAAUGAGCAGUGGUGGACUAGCUCGCGGUGGUUUUACCGGACGAAGGGAGUUGUCUGCCACUUGAAGCGCAGACCUGCAAAGGCGUGA